CCUGCCCGCCGAAUCUUGUCUCUUCGACGCAGCCCUGGUCAAUUGUCUGCGCCGUCGCCCACCACCUCGGUGCUUGCUGCCUGCCAGGGCGUAGCAGUAGCCCGACGCCGCCUAGCCACCGCCCGCAGAGCCUCAUCUCUUGGACCCCCGGGACGUCCGUUUAGGGACUUUCGUUUUUCCUCCUCCGCUGCCCUUCGCUCCAGACACGCAGGCCUUCGGUCUGACAGGCCCCGCUCAUACGCAGCUGCCCGUCUGCUGUCUGUCCUGCUCCGCUCUGCUGUGCUCUGCUGUGCUGUGCUGCCCCGUCCUGCACCCUUCCGUCCCGAUGCUCUUUCCCGUCUCAUGUCAUGUCAGUCGGCCUGUGUCACGGCCCGAAAGUCACGUGCCUCAUCUUCGGCCCGGCACACCUGCACGCGAGUCUGCAUGCCGAGCCUCGCAGCUUUUUUGUCCACCUCCUGUAACCGUAACCUCGCGUCGACACGACGACCACAACACCACUCCGUUUCCACAUGCUCAAUUGCCGUGCCAGUUCUUGGCGAUGCCUGCGAGCGCUCCAACCGUCUCCCCUCCGCCCUAGUCUUGCGUCCUCGCUCGUCGUACACUCCCGAUCCCAGCAUACCAGGUCCGACAGAGAUACCUUCAAGCAUGGAGCUGCCCGGAAUCCUGAUCGCGGAGCGAGAGGCGAGUCACAGCCCAAGAAAGCACCAUGGUCGCUAUCCCUAGAAGCCUUCCGACAGCGGAGGGCCGCCAAAACCUCCCUCUCCACCAUCCCCGUUAUGCAGGAGGACAAGGACCUGAAAGCAGGCGACAUGUGGUUGGGGAAGCGUGAUGGUAGCAUACCAGCCGCAGAGUGGAAUGCGCGCAAGAAAGAGCUGCAAUGGCUCAAGGAUCCGCUUGAAAUUGCGACUUUUGUCAAGAAAGAGUUGAGAAAGGACAGGGCGGAUGAGAUGCUGCAGUUGGUCCGGAUGGCAAGCCACUCCAUGCAGGUCAUAGUCAGUUGGAAUCAUCUUAUUGAUUACCAUAUGUUCCAUGGGAAAAUGUCAGCAGCUAUGAAAAUCUAUACAGAGAAACGCGCCCAGUUCCCCGACUCCUAUACCUACACUAUCAUCUUGCGAGGCUUAUCAAACAAUGUAGGCCGUGGCGACGUUGCAACCAAAGCAAUCACUGUCUAUCACUCCAUGCUUGCACCCAACUCUCGAGUACAGCCUACCAUUUUGCACACGAACGCAGUCUUGCGUGUAUGCGCCAGGGCCUUGAAUCUUGAUGCACUGUGGGGAGUCGUGGCAAAGAUGCCCCAGAGCGGUCCUGGUGCGGCGGAUGCGAUCACUUACACUACUAUAUUGAACGCCAUCAGACAAAGCCUGCUCGUGGACGUACCGACGGACGAAAAUGCAGAAGAGAUUGCCUCGAGACGAGAAAAAGGAGUGGUCGAAGGCAGGCGAAUAUGGGAAGAAGUGAUUGGCAAGUGGAGGAACGCCGAUCUGGUUAUGGAGGAAGAGCUAGUGUGUUCCAUGGGCCGACUUUUACUCGUUGGAAGCCGCCCUCGCGACUGGGACGAUGUCCUUUCCUUGAUUGAACAAACAAUGGAUAUUCCUCGCCUAGUCCCUCGACUUGGAACGCUGGCUCGGAAGGCUGCAGGCGUCCCUGACCUUCGAGCACCCCAUACGCUCAUCAAUUACAAGCAGGAUGACCAGUUGGAAUCGAUCGAUGGCCAUAAGCGCGGUGAUGAGUUCCUAGCCGUGAAAUCCUCAGGCGCAGGAAAACGUUCUCUUGUAUACGCCCAGCCAGGCAACAAUACUCUUUCACUGGUUCUGGAGGCCUGCCAAAAAGUUGUGGCUGUGGAAGCGGCGAAUGCAUAUUGGAAUACCAUAACCGACCACACAACGUAUGGAGUUGUUCCGGAUGUGAACAACCUCAACUUCCGUUUCCGAUUAAUGCGCCAGAAUCGAGCGUCAACUGCUGCCAUUACCUUGCUGAAAGAUGACUUUCUCGCCGCAGGUCUGCAGCUGUCGCCGGGUACCUGCAGGAUUAUAAUGAGCACUUGCGUCCGCGAUAGGAACAACCACAGGUCGCUCCAGAACGCCUCGGAGCUUCUUUCAAUCAUGCUCGCCAAGUUACCCGACGUCGACUCCAAAACGGUGUCAAUGUACACCAAACUCGUAGUCGGAUUCCCUCUCCUCAAAGGUGACGAUCUCAUCGAAAGCCUUAGUAUUCUCCAGCCCAUCAUCAAGAACAUUCGGUUACAGCUCUCGGUUGGCAGUGAGGAUCGGGUCGGCGGAAAAGGCGCAGUGCGGCUCCACCCUGAGAAACGCCAAGAAGCGAUUGACGCUUUACGAGGCAUCUAUGGCAUCUAUGACAAACUAUUGGGGUCGGAUUUGAUCGCUAAAGACGCACAUAAGCCGUUUAUGGUGGAGAGGGCUAGGCUUUCGGCGUUCAUGGCGCGAGUCACCUACAAAGACGGAUACUCUAGAAGGGAUAUGUACCAAGACGUGGUCGAAGGUUCUCCAGAUGCUGCUGAUGCUGCUCCAAGAUGGCUGGGCAGGAAACGUGGAGACGGGGAUGAAAGAGGUGGAGCGCCCCAAGUUGGGAACAGUAGUGGUGGAGAGUCGAGAACACGCCCGGCUUUUCGUAUAAGAACCCAAGGACUUCGCCGCCCAUCGAACGGGCAAAACGAUAGUAGGAUCGAUUGA